AUGGCUCCGCCAUGCAGUAACCAUAAGAAACACGACUCAAGCAACUCGUUUGACAACAUGAAAUCCGGAACGGAACCGCUUGUGGAUGUGAUCGAGGUAUAUGAUACUGAGAGCAAUGGCUUUGUUCCCAGCCGCCUUGAUUGCCGCCACAACAAGAAACAAGGACGCCCUUGCUUAGCUCGGUUCCUGCGAAAAGGGCUCUGCGCCUUUGUGAUCACCGGACUGGCAAUUCACUACUUCGGCACCCCAUCCAUCAACACGCCAUCCGCGCACCCCGAGGCUUCUCCACUUUGCCAAUCGGAGGAAUGCAUACAUGCUGCAUCCGAGAUCCUGUACAACUUAGAUCCAAAUUACGAGAAGAUCGAUCCAUGCACUGAUUUUGAUCAAUAUGUCUGCGGUGGAUGGCGGGAGAAUCAUGACAUGCGCCCCGACCAGGGCUCGAUCUUUGCUGGCACAAUCAUGGCAGAGAAUGCGCAAACUCGACUCCGUCAUAUCUUGGAUCGCUCAGAAGCGCCUCAGCCAGCCGACGCUGAUAAUUUUAAGAAGCUGAAAGCUGCUUACGAUGCUUGCUUGGAUGAGCCUGCCAUCAACAAACGGGGCACUAAGCCUUUGGCUGAUGUUUUAGAUGAACUGAAGAAGAUCUAUCCCGCUAAGACUGGACUUGUCAAGGGAGCUCAGGAGCAUCUCACCAGUGCGAUCUUGUAUCUCCUGAACGCCGGUGUUGAGGCUCUGGCCUCCCCGGGUGUUAGUCCCGACGACAAAGACCCUGACAAUGUCGUCAUCUUUAUUACUCCUCCCCGGGAAAUUGGACUUCCCGCAAGAGAAUAUUACAAUAACACCAAGACUGUGGCUGACUAUACCUCUGCUUUCAAGCAAGUCAUCCAAGGAUUUGCUGGAGAUGGGCACGACAAAGUCGUUGAAGAUGUUGUCGCUUUUGAGAGCAAGCUCGCCGAUGUGACUCCGGAUACACAGACUCAGGAAGAUGUCACCAAAUAUUACAACCCCCUUAGCAUCAAGGAGACCAACGCUUUGGUACCAGAGAUUUCUUUCGCCGAUAUCAUCACAUCUCUUGCGCCACAUGACUAUAAAGGAGACCGCUUGAUUGUUGGAUCGCCCUCUUAUAUGAAGGCAUUGUCUGGAAUUUUAAAGGACACCCCUAGAGAAACGAUCUUGCUUUUCCUGCAGUGGAAGCUUAUCCAAGCCCUCGAAAGCGCCAUCGAAGAUGGCGCGAUUGAACCUCUCCGGCGAUUCAAGAAUGAGCUGGCCGGUAAAGAACCCCAGGCCAAGCAAGAGCGGUGGCGCAAGUGUCUUGGUCGCCUGGACGAGGGACUCGGAUGGAGUCUUAGCAGAUUCUACGUGCUUGAUUCCUUCCCCGAGGCCUCCAAGAAGCUUGGUGACCAAAUCGUUUCUGAUAUCAAGGAGCGAUUCGUCUUCACCUUGGACCAGACUAGCUGGAUGUCUGGGGACGUGCGCAAGCUUGGUAUCCAGAAGGUUGAAAACAUUAUCCAGAAGAUCGGCUUCCCUACCAAAAGCCCUGAUGUUAUGGAUCCCGAGGACGUGAAGAAAUUCUACCGCGAUCUGGAAGUGUCGAAAGAUACUUUCUUCGAGAAUGAGGUGGCUGUGGCUAGAUUUGAUCUUCACAAUGAAUGGUCUAAGCUUGGAAAGCCUACCAACCGUGAUGAGUGGGAUAUGAGUGCGCCGACGGUCAACGCCUAUUACAACCCUCCUGGCAAUGAGAUUGUCUUCCCUGCCGGUAUUAUGCAGCCCCCAGCGUUCUAUGGACCAUCCGCCCCGCUGUAUCUUGCAUACGGUGCAUUCGGUUCUGUCAGUGGCCACGAGCUGUCACACGCAUUUGAUUCCACCGGUCGUCAUUACGACGAGAACGGAAACUAUACAAACUGGUGGGACGACAAGACCGUCGAAGGCUUCGAAGAGCGGGCCCAAUGCUUCAUCGACCAGUACUCCAACUACACCGUCACAGGCCCCGAUGGCAAGGUCCUCCACGUGAACGGGCGAUUGACACUGGGCGAGAACAUUGCCGAUGCAGGUGGACUCACCGCUUCAUUCCAUGCGUGGAAGAAGCACGAUGAGUCGAAGCCUGACCUCCUUCUCCCUGGCUUGGAUGCCUUCACUAAGGAGCAGUUGUUCUUUAUCUCGUAUGGUAACUGGUGGUGCGGGAAGACGACUAAGGAGGCGGCUGAGCAGGCGAUCUAUAACGAUCCCCAUGCACCUAAAUCAGCUCGCAUUAUUGAAACCAUGGCCAACUCCCGGGAGUUCAGGGACGCCUUUAGUUGCCCGGAGCGCAAGCCGGUUUGCAAACUCUGGUAG